AUGGAAAUAGAAAAAUCAACGAAGGAAUGUAUCGAGGUUAUAAGGGAAAGAUUGAGGAAACUUGUUCACACGGUAAGAAAGGAGAAUCGUGUGAAAACGUUAAACAAAAAUCGCAUUGGACUUGAAAGUAUCGUAACAAAUUCGUCUUCUAUGACAGAAUUUAUCGUUGAAAAGGCAAAAGCACUUAAAAAGAAGGCAUUAUCAAUCGAAGUGUACAGACAACUUCAAAAUGCUCUCAUUCAGAGUGAGGAAAAUGUCACUUAUUUCUUAAAAGUAGACAGUAUAUUAUUUGCACUAGUACGUGACUUUUCUGGUAAUGAUCAAGCUUUACAGUUGUGUGCUAUCAGUUGUGCUUGUAAUAUAGCACUUGGAAAUACUAAAGCAUGUACUUCAUUAGCCAAAAGUAUUGGCCCAUAUCUUGUCACAGAAUUAAAUACUCUAAAUUAUCCUUUAUUGGAAGUUUGUAUAUGGACAAUGGGAAAUUUAGUUGCUGGCAGCAAUAAAGCUUUUGAAAUUCUUCAUGCUCAAGACUGUCUGAAAUAUAUCAUAUCACUAAUGCACAACUGUGAUAAUGUAAUAAUGCCUUCAGUGACUUACACAGCUGUACAGUAUGUGCAUGUUGGUUUCAAGCACAUUCUGGAGGAUGAAAUGGUUGAACUUGCUAAAGCUACUGCAAAGAGAAACCUUUCAUUUGAAAAUCCAUAUUUUAUUUGGUUGCUAGCUUUAUUAUCUUCCCAAAUAUCUUGCAACACAUACUUUUAUAAUUUAGUUCCUUUUAUAGUAGAUUAUUUAUACCAAAAUACUGCAAACACAGCUGUAAUAGAGAUCACAGCAUGUAUAAGAGUAUUGGCUAAUACCAUGCAGGAAAUGUCUGGUCAGUUGGCAAAGUUUCUACUGGAAAACCCAAAAUAUACACAAUCAGAUUUAGAGAUGCUAUUAAACAGACUAUUAUCAUGUCAAUAUUUACAUGUUAGAAAAGAAACAUUGUGGUUAAUAGGUAAUCUAUAUAAUCACAAUUCUGCCGACGUUAAAAGUAUUAUACAGCACAGUAUACCUCGGCUAUCAUUCUUGAAACAAGCAAUUUUGUCCACAACUCAGCAGAGUAUAUCGGCAAAUACACAUCUAAUCAGUUGA